CGAGCCCUGUUCAAAACCACAGCGAGCGCCGUUCAACAGCUCGAAAAAAUAUCUUUUCUUAUCCAUGGAGGCAGCUGCGCUCACGAUACGCUCCACCGCCCAGCGUCCCGCCGCGGCCGCUGCUGCUCCUGCGCAUGGCCACCGGAGAGCCGCAGCGGCCGUGGCGCGCCGGCGCCGGGCGCCGUGCGGCAGCAGGCUGCGGGCUUUGCCGCCGGAGCUCAGCGAGAUCCUCAGCCCCAAGCUGGUGCCAGGCUCGCCGUCCGACACCGGCGACGUCUCGUCGCUCAUCCCAGUCAGUGUUCUGAUGCUGCUCUUCUACUUCGUGUCCAACUGGGUGGUGCCCGAGUUGCUCAUGAAGCGCCUCCAGUCCAAGGCCGAGGACCAGGAGGCAUCAGCAGCCGCAUCCAUGUCCUUCUCCGGGGACGACACCGACGGGCAAACGGACGGCGACGCCUCCCGCCCUAAAAUCCGGCUCAAGGUGAAGAAGAAGAAGAACAGGAAAGCGUCCGUGGAGGUUUAGGAUGCGCACACAUUUUAAACCCAUGGAGGCUUCUCUGUUGAAUACUACAGUCUACAAAGUAUCACCAGACAUCAGAAUAAGUUAGCAAUCAAACAGUCUCUGAAGGAAACAAGAAUAUAUGCUACAGUAGUAUUUUAGAGCCAUCUGAUAUAUAUUCAUAUUGUACUUGCUGUCUUCUGAAUGGAAGUAACACGGUUAUUGUUUAUGCCAUGUCCAUGGAUGAUGGGCGCUACUGCUCUCUGCAAUUAUGUUAUAAAAAAAACUGCUAUCUGCAGUGUGUAUCAGUAA